AUGUCGGAUGAAGCCUUUCGUGAUAUAUCUUUGACUAUGAACGUUAGAAAUGUUAAGACUCUAUACACAGGUCUUGUAACAAAAAUACAUAAUAGAAAUGGCAAAUCUGACUCUAGAAUUCUUUUUAUUGGUGAUUCAUGUAUUUCGUUUUUUACAAAUAAGCCAAAGCCCACCGAGUCAAGAACCUUCUAUUGGUGCGACAUAUUGGAUGCACAAUAUAUAGAAGAUAAAUUCGAACUAGAGUUUUCAAAAGAUCAAGAAUUGAUGAAAUUCAUAUCUCCUGAGCCAGAAAAAGUCAAGAAAAUAAUAGGAUUCAUUCUUUUUAGAUUUCUUACAGAAGAUGUUCAGAAAAAUAUUCAUUUCGAAGAUUUUGGAAAAUUUGAAGCUCGGCCAAAUGGUUUAAUACUAUUAGCAAGAUUCAUAUCAGCAGAACUUUCAAACAAGGUUAAGCUUCUCCCUGAAGUUUUGAAAAUAAUUACAGAUUUUUUCAAAUAUAAUCACACAGAGAUUACUCUUCCUGCUGAUAAAGCAAUCGGAACUCAACUGGAAUCUUUGAUCUUUGCUUUAAAUAGAUCAACUAAUAUUAAAAGCAUUGAAAUUCCUGAAAUAAACCCUCCAGCUUAUACACAGCUAGCAAAAAUCCUUCCAACCAUCAAAACCUUAAACCACAUCAAUAUUAUUGGUUCAAAUUUUAAAGGAUUUCCCGAUUUUUGCACAGAAAUUUCGAAUCUCGACAAAACAUCAUCAGUUACGGGCUUAUCAUUUGAAGGCGCCCAAUUUACAGCCAAACAAUUAACACAACUCCAUGAUACUCUUGUUAAUCAUGGAUUUAAAAGUUUAUCUUUUUUCAAUUGCGUUACAGAAAAGACUAAGACCAAUUUCUUCGAUGAAUUCCUUGAUGACAAACUCUUUGAAUCCAUACAGAUGCUGAAUCUUGACUUUACAACCAUUUUAGAUAUAAAUCCAUUAAUGAUGAAGGCAACAAAGCUUAUUUCGUUAUCUCUUGAAGACACAGGUAUUGAUAUAUUUGAUGUUUUCACACAAUUGUCCCAAAAUCAAUAUCCUAAUCUUAAAAUGUUGAAUUUAAAGGGAAAUAAAUGCACGAAAACAAUAGGAAACAUAAAGAUUGAUGACGCAUGCCCACUUUUAAGAAUAGAUAUGAAGAGCGUUUCAUGGGAUUCCUCUUGUUUUACUGGAGUUUUUAAAUUUAUUAGUUCUAGAGAGUGGCCAAAUGGACUUUUGCUUGAUCUGAGCCUCGCAAAAUACCAAGAACUUGAUUUCCAUGACUGCAUUGCCCUCUUAAAUGGAUUACAAUCAGGUCCUCUUUUGCAUUUAUCUUGGUCGAAAAAUCCGAUUAACCACGAGUUCAUAGAAUUCUUAAAGAAGAAUCAAAACUUGUUCUCCAUCAAUGUUACAAGCUGUUUCAAGCAAGGAACGUUGAGCCAAAUGCAAGAAUUCGCUGAUUUCAUAAACCAGUCGAAUAUUCAAUAUUUGACAAUGGUCGGACAUGGAAAAGACACAAUAGGUGAAGAUAUGAAUCUUUUCUUCGAUAAACUCGAAUCUCCGAAGAAAUUAUUUUAUCUUGACAUAAAAUCUCAAAAAUUCGGAACUACAGGAUUCGAUUCCUUGUAUAAGUUGAUCGAAAGAACUCCUUCUCUCCAAUAUAUCAACUUUACAGGCGCAAAUCUCAAGAAACUUGAAGAUUUAUUUGGAUUUUUGACAAAAGUUAGAACUCUUGGCAGAAAAAUCAGAUUUGACUUCCCAGAUGAUGAUCUAGACUCGAUUAUGCGCGAAAAUGUCUUCAGAGCUGAAGAAGUAACGAAAAUUAAGUGGUUAUUAACAGAUAUCGCAACAAAAGCCUCAGUAGACAGCCAAAACCAAGAUGGUAUCACAAGGAAAAUCGAAGGAGAUCCAUUAGAUCAGCCAUUUGACUGUUUCAAGAUGGAUUCACCUUAUCAUUUUCCGAUAUUUAUGAGAGACAACCUUUAUUUCGACUUCUAUCCACAACUAGAGUAUUCUGUACCAAAAGAAGCUGUAAUUGCUUCAACAGCGGACAUCACAAACCUCAUAUACAGUGAAAAUGAGGAAGAAACAAUUUACGAAGAAGAUUACUCAGAAAUCGAAAAAGUGACACCGGUAAAAAGUGUCGAAAAAACCCCAGAACCGGAAAAAAAGAAAGUAGAGGAAACACCGCGCCCGCCACAAGUUACUCCUACGAGGACAGUUGAAGAGAAGCAUGAGCCGAAGAAAUCUCCUAAAAGAACAACUCCAAAACGAAAGAUUCAUCAUAAAGUUAUAUCUGAGUCGUCAUCUGAUGAUUACGAUGACAAAAUUGAUACAAGAUAUAAUAAAAAGCAUCGAGGAUACCCAUUACCAUAUCCAAUGCCUUAUAUGUACCCUCCUCCUUUUUAUCCACCACCUCCUCCUCAGUAUUACCAAGUUCCUGUACAAUACAUCAAUCCAAAUCAGAUCCAGUACAACCAGAUGCUACCACAGCCCAUCCAAUACGCUCAACAACCUCAGCAAAUCAAUAAUCAAAAUGAAAUUGAACAAGAACCUGUCAGAAAACAAAAGAAAGCUCCGCAAUUGAGAUAUGAAGAUAAUGACUCUGAUAACCAAGAAGAGAAAGUGAUCAGAAAGCAAAAAAUUAUGAAAAAUAAGAAAAUUAAUUGGAAUUUCCCGAUUGAUAAACUUCAGGAGAUAGAUACAACAGAAGAGUUCGAUAAUAUUAAUGCUAAAUUCUCUUUCAAGAAUUUAGUUAAUGAUAUAAUGUAA